UCUAACUUUAAUAAACAACCAUGCACCCAGAGACUAAACACCUUCAAUCCUUAACAUAAAUAUCGCUACAAAGUCUAGAAAAACAAGUCUAGAAAAAAAGAAGGAAAACAGUUACGCGAACCACCGCCCAUUUACAGUGGAGACAUACGGUAUGAAAAUAACCCCUCCCCCUUCCCCCCUUCCCUACUGUUUACCGUUACAAGUGCUCGCCCAUUAACGGGAGUCUCGCAUCUCAUUCUACUGUCACUUUUAUUUCACCGCGUCUUUUUACCUGAAAUCUCGCUCGUAAAACCUGAGCAGAAAGUAAUGAUAACGUAAUCAAUCUCGCACGUAAAUCACUCUGUUGAACCGGAAGUUAUGGCAGCUAGCGGAGGCAUUGAAGCGUUCAGAGCCAAGUACGAGAGGAUUUCCAGAGACUAGGCAGUUACCAUGAAUAUCAAGGCAGUUCGGAAAGAGUGACUGGUGCGAUGUGAAAGAGAAAUAAGGAAAUUGAGGAGGAUUAACAAAAAACAUUACGUGCGUAAUUCGAACGGAGAGAAAAGGAGAAAAUCAUAUGCAACAUUGAAAUUUUUCGGGGAGGAAAGCUUGUAUAGUUUCAUCAAGAAAACACAAAAACAUCAGAACAAGCUGAAGAAAAACGCCAACACCUAACACGCAUUUAUUCAAAUAUAUCUACAUACUGAGAAAGAAAAUCACAAAAAAAUGGCGCCCUGGAGAAGAGUCCCAUUGCUAUUAACCUGCGUGGUCUUCGCUUGUCUGGUGUUCAACCUGCCUUCCCGCCAAUCAGGAGUCGUCAGGGAGGAAGUGGGCGUGGCCAGAUCUGCACCACGACAGAAAACCUUGACACACUUCGAGGCGCCAAAAACUCCUGAAAUCGCGCCAUCUCCGCCAGACGAUGGACUAAAGGGUGUCGCUCCACCGCCCAAAGGAGUUGGAGGUAUUCUUUCGUAUCUUGAAGGAGGGAGUAAGCAAGAGCAGGAAAAGAAGAAGGAGCAGAAGGGGAAGAGAAGGAAAGUCGAAGAAAAGCCAUUGAAAGUGCUCAAUGGUCUCCUUGGGCUUCCGCUCGUGAAGGAUUACGUGAAAAAUCUCAAGGAAGGAUUGGAUGAGUUUUUCUACGCCAUUAAGCCCGCCAGCCUUGGUGUCCAAGAAGUCGAGGACAAACGGUUAAGCAAGAUCAACGAAAGCAGAUUCAUAGAGGAGGAGAUAGUGACGGAUGUGGUGACCCGUGGUGACCCAGAAACAGGUCAUUCGGAGCAACAGCGAAGGACAUACACACUGUCGGGAUGCGGGUGUGUGAGGGAGGCGGCCGAGGGGGUCGCUCCUGGUCAUGUCAUUCUCCGCAGACUCGGGGAGGACCGCUUGCUGGUGCGUCGUGUGCCGAGGGUCAGCACCUGCAACCAGUUUGCAACCGCGAGGGGCGCCGGGCAGAAGGUGGUGACGUACAGCUACUAUGGCAACACCUCCGACCAUCGUGUGUAUGACAGGUACUUUUCGGAGAUUCCCAGGCGGGCCAAGGAGGUUGCUCAGCGAUAUCCUGGUUGGGUGAUGCGCGUGUACUUCAAGCUCGAAGCAGGAGACGAGCGUGGGCGGAGCGAGCUAUGCGCCGCCCACUGCGCCUUCCCGCACCUUGACCUGUGCGACGUGAAUGACCUGCCUCCACCCUGGGGGGAUCUCCAGGCCUCGCAGCAGGUAGGAACACUAUGGCGGUUCGUGACCUUCGCUGACCCGCUGGUAGACGUGGUCUUGUCACGUGACCUGGACUCGUACAUCCUGCCGCGGGAGGAGGAGGCCGUGAGGGAGUGGCUGGCCUCCCCCCUCCCCUUCCACCUCAUGAGGGACCACCCGUCGCAUAAUGGAUAUAUACUUGCGGGUUUAUGGGGCGCCAGGCUUUCCCACGCACGAGCUCUCGCUUAUGACGCCGCGGCUGUGAUGGUCUCGCAGCCCUAUAGCGACAUCUGGGACUACGACCAGAGGCUGCUGAGGCGCGUGCUGUGGCCCAAGAUCAAGGAGGACACGAUGAGCCACGACAGUUACACUUGCCGCGCGAAGGAAUUUCGUGGUCGGCGCCAAAACCCGCGGCCCUUCCCGACGCGGCGCGACGGCAGGAACUACACAGGCUUCGGAAGGACCAAGAUGAGCGUGGCGGAGAGCUUGCCGCCCUGCCCCGUUCCCUGCAGGCCGCCCAACCAUAGGGACUGGACUUUUUGCUAACCCCAGGAAGCCUUCUUCUGUAUAUAAAAAAAAAUGUCUUUCUGUUCCAUAUUUCUUUCUUAAUGGCAGCUAACUUGAUACACAA